CCUGGGCGGUCUACCAAUCCAAUCGCUCCUUCAUCCCCACCUCCGCAAACCCUAACCUCUGCUUUUUCGUUUCGAUUACGGGCAUGAAACAACGGAGUCCCACUCAUUCUUCCCCGGCCAGAUGACGUUCCCGUACGAGGAUUUGGUGGCCGAACUGUCCGGCGAGGCGGACAAGCAACCCCCUCUGAAGAUCCAACGUAAGGAUCCGCCCAUCGAUGUUCACGAACUGGUGGAGGGCAUGGAUGCGUGUAAACUGGAUGAUGUGCACAGGCAAAAACUCAAGGCCCUCAUGGUCUACGAUCCCAAGAGGAAGUGUGAUGUCCCUAGCCGCUUCUGCAGCAUCCACCUAGCUUGCUUCGACCUUGAUGAGAAGUCAAACGCUGAAAUUGGGCCACGCUAUGAACGUGACCGCGACCCUUUUUCCUCAACGACGAGGUUGACUAAAUAUGUUACAGGAAAUACACAUUAUGAGCUGGCGGAUUAUUCCACCGAAGUCAUUUCCAUUAGGGUGGUCAAAGUUGGUCCUGAUUACACAUACCCGGUUGAGGUUUAUGGUACAGUUAUCGCCAGGGAUGAGAUUGACUGCAAAUGUGUCUAUCUGUUCAAUCGGGAAAGAAAGGAUGCCCAGACCAUCAAGUCAAAGAAGGAUAUGUUAGCUCUGACAGGUCCAUACCGAGCAUUGGUUACAUUAGGUUAUAUGUAUUUUGAGUUCGAUUUAAAGACCAAGGGCAAGAAUCCUGAUGAUGAAGUGGAGUUUAGCAAAGGUGUAAUAUCGUACUUUUGCAACCCAGAUCGGAGACGCAUCAUCCAUCAGCUACCUAGUUUCCAGAGUACAGUGAAAUUGGUACUGCAAAAUGUGAAACUUCCAGUGGCAGCUAUCCUGAAAGUCAGUGUUGAGAAUAAAGAGCCCAAUGACCCUCUUGUCCACUUCGAUGGUAAAAUAACAGCUGGGACUACUAAAAAUUAUAGACAUCAUAUGGUUCUAUAUGAUAGUAGUGUGCGUAGCGGCAACUUGAUGGGAGAAAAUGGCUCUCUCGUGUUGAAUCGUAAUCUGGUAGCUGUCAAUGGGUAUCCACAAGGACGCACAUUCAAUGAAGAUGAAAUACUGGUGUUGUAUGUUUGUUUUCUUGAUGCUAGUUGUGAGAUUGAGGAUAAGGAUAAGAUGGACCCUGAGGAAGAGGAUUAUGGGCAGGAGGAUGAGGACCAAGAAGAGGAAGAGGAAGAGGAAGAGAAUGAACCUAAGAAUGUUGUCACCCUAGAAUACCCUGCAGCUGAGACUGUUUGGGAGCAUGGUUCCAUCAAACUAACAGUGAAGGUCGAUUGGACUGCUGUUCUUGAUAGGCUGGUGGGUACUGAUUGCUUGCAUGGAUAUCCUUCUGUUCCACAAGGUUGCUCGAUUGAUUAUCGAUAUGGUAUUAUCUAUGAGUGAGAGUGGCUGUACUUUCUUGUUUGAUAUGUUUAUUCUGCUGGUAGAAUUCUGUAAAAACACUGGAGGCAAGCCAGCCUCUCACCCAACUAUGUCGUAGUAUUGUGCCUACUUCAGAGCGUACUCUUGGUUUCCUUAGAAAUGGAUGUAAUUCUCCUGUUUAAAAAGCUCAAUCUUUGUGCUGGUAUCUGUAAGUCUGUUUGAAGAACUCCUACAGUGAGCUAAGAUUUACUGCAUCACUAUACCAAUUCUUGUAUGCAUGUCUUUGAUCGAUACACAUAGAAGAGGCUCUCGGGCGGCUCGCGCGAGCCGCUCCAGGGCACCACCAAAACCUAAAAGAGAGCCACCCCGAUCUACUUCCUCCGGCCACUGCCGCCGCCGGCGUCGGCGGUGGUGGCCGUGCCCGGCCGUCGAAGGUGGCGGGAAGGGCUGGCGCGCCCUCGACGGGUUCCUCUCGCGCGGGGUAAGACAUCUCCGGGGCGGCACGGUUGGCUUGAGUGUGUGGAGUGGAGGAGCUCGCCGUAGCCGGGCUGGGAGGCGCCGAGGUGAGGAGAGGAGUUGCCUGGCAGGGGAGGCAGCGGAAAGGGAGCGCGGUGGUCUCGUCGGCGUGGGCUGGGGCGACAGCACGGGUCGAAGCGGCGUCGGCCCUGGAGCGCGUCUAGGGAGGAGUUCCCUGGCGCUGCGGCCGGCUGCUGCGCGACGCGGGCGUGCGGCGGAGCUUCUCGCCGGCGCUGGCGACGGAGUGGGUGGUGGAGGCGCGGGGGGGCGAGCUGGGUCCAUCUGGGCCUGAUCUGGAUCCUUCUGGGCCCGAUCUGGGUUCCAGGGGCCAUGUGCCUCACUCCGCCAUUGGCCAGGAGCGGCCCGACGGAGCACUGGAGGCUGCAACCUAUCAAGACUGGAGGUAGGAGAUGGCGUCUUUUCGUCUGUCCUUGGCGUUGGUGGACCGCGAGACUAUGGUUCCGGUGGCGAGGUGCUGCUGCGGCGGCGGUGUGUUCGGCGAGUUUGCUGCCGCAAUCCACCAGGUAGCGUGGGUGUUGUGCGACUACACGGUUGAAAGUCCAUCCCGCCUUGGCGGUGCCAACGGCGGCGGCGCCUGUGGGUGUCGUUCCCCUCUUUGGAGGCGUCGUUGAAGUGUGUAUGUUCCUUUAAGUUGUGUUGUGCGACUACACGGUUGAAAGUCCAUCCCGCCUUGGCGGUGCCAACGGCGGCGGCGCCUGUGGGUGUCAUUCCCCUCUUUGGAGGCGUCGUUGAAGUGUGUAUGUUCCUUUAAGUUUGUAAGAUUGCGCUAUUGGUUGAAGCUAAGUAGCAAUGUUCUGGUAGUUUCGAACCUUUGAUAAUAGCUCAAGAAUCUAGUCAGUUUGAGCUGCAGCUGUAGUACUCGAGACAGUCUUCAAUCUGAUUGAGAUUAUCACUAGCCACUUAGCUUCAAUCUGAUUGAGACUGUUAUUCUGAGUGUAAUUUGGCUAUUAUUUUUUUUACCAUUUCAAGUUAACGAUGAAGGGCGCGCUACGUAUGUCCUUCUCCAUC